AUGGCUUCUUCCUCCCUCAAAGGCCCGACCCCGCAGGAGCACGACGGCAGCGCCCUGCGCAUCGGCAUCGUCCACGCCCGCUGGAACACGACCAUCAUCGAGCCCCUGCUCAAGGGCACCAAGGACAAGCUGCUGGCCUGCGGCGUCAAGGAGAGCAACAUUGUCGUUCAGUCCGUCCCGGGCUCUUGGGAGCUGCCUAUUGCCGUCAAGUCACUCUACACAGCCUCGCAAGUCCAAGCAACCCACUCCUCGAGCGCCAGCGCCGGCGAUCUGCUAGGCUCUUCGACGACCGACCUGACGGCCCUGGGAGGUACCGCCUCUGCGGCCCCCUUUGACGCCAUCAUCGCCAUUGGCGUCCUGAUCAAGGGCGAGACCAUGCACUUUGAGUAUAUUGCCGACGCCGUCUCGCACGGCCUGAUGCGCGCCCAGCUCGACCUCUCGGUUCCCGUCAUCUUUGGCGUCCUGACCGUCCUCAACGACGAGCAGGCCAAGGCCCGCGCCGGCCUUCUGAGCAACUCCCACAACCACGGCGAGGACUGGGGUCUGGCUGCCGUCGAGCUCGGCGUCAAGAGGGGCGCCUGGGCUAAGGGCAAGAUCGAGUAA